UUUAUUUUGUGUGUGCUUGUAUCCGAAGAUACACGAACGUGGAUUAUUCCAUAGGAUAAGGAGGGCGAUAUUAUUUGGGCUUGUGAUUCGGGCUAAGUGAAAAGUAUGAAGGCCGCCUCAUAAGAUGGCCGCCCUUGGCCGUGCAGUGCAGCUGAUGUCACUCGUCUGAGCCGUCACGUCUGUGCCGAAUAAUUAGUUCUCCUCGUGCGUCAUCGGCGCGCACCGUCUGCCGAGCGUCUCGGCGACUCCAUUCCACCCAGCAUCCACCUUUAUAUGUAUUUGUAAUGGGUAUAGGCAUAGGCGUACCCAGGAGGGGUGUUUUGGGGGUUCAAACCCCCCCCCCCCCCCCCUCGAAAUAAAGGCGAGAAUAUUAUGAACACUCAUGUCAUUCGAAACUCAUUUUCUGAAGUUUCACACCGAGCGACGAGAGAGAACGUCACCAAGCAGCCCAAUUGGUAAGUUAACGUAAACAAAUUUGAAUUGCAGUGGUUGGUUCAUGAUUGUCCACUACAACUUCCAUAUCGACCCGGAGAAUGUGGUUACUGAAAUUGCAAAAAAAAAAAAAAGUAUUCUGUAAAAAGUUUGUAAGCUUAAAAAAGUUUAUCAUAAACAAUUAUUUUUUGGUGUUUAUGCAGUUUUUCUUAAAAAUCAGAACCCCUCCCACCCCGAAAAAAAAUCCUGGGUACGCCUAUGGGUAUAGGUCGGGAUUGAAAGGCGCCAUGUUGUUCUCAGCAGAUUUUAGUUUAUAUCAACAUUUUAAAAAGUUUUAUUUUCAAGUAUUAUUUUGUUAAAACUUUUUGUAUGAUUUAGUGGAAUGCCUGAAGCUUCAAGUAACUGGCUACCAAGGGUGGGCAAGCUGCCUCCUUUACGAAGUAAAGAAAAAAAUAUGUGAGCGAGUGUUUCAGUACUCGCCAGUGGUGUGUUACAUCAGACCCCGGUAACGAGCAGAUUCCUGCGUUGUCAUGUUGCAGACACACUUAUAAUACGAAACUCAAGCCUCGGACACGGAAAAAACGACAAAGUUUCUGGCGAGGAACUACCAUUUUUGCCUAUUAAAACAGAAUUGAGAUUUGUCUAUAUUUCUUGGCUACAACGCCGUUUCAAAAUGGCUAAAAAUGGUAAGUACAGUAUGCUUUUAAACAGGGUGACGAUUGGUCGGGAAAUUCGGGAAAACCUGGAAUUACCCCGGAAUAUUUUGCCUCUGGAAAAAUACUGGAAAUACCCAGGAAUUUAUUCACCCCUCGGGAGAUUUGCUAUUCUUCCAUACUGUAAUUAUACGGAUACAUGUUGAGUAUAGUUUAUGAAUGGUUCACGCAUUGCUGAAAAAAAGCAUGUUAAAGUAAUUGAUUAUGUACAUCUGCAAUUGAUAUCGAUAUUGAAUAUAUAUCAAAUAGCAAUGAAUUGUGUAAUAAAUAUUUAUUUUUAGAAUAAGAGACGACAUGGGAGAGUCAGCAUUUACAGACGAAAGCGUGAUCGGUAAUCCUGACGCCAUUCAUGUUUACGUGUGUGACUGUGACGCUCAGAGAAACGUUUGCAGAACCUGACGCCAUAGCGCAGCAGAAUUAAGAUUGUUUACCGUGCGUAAUUCCAAUUGUCUUUAAAAAAAAAAAAAAAGUUUAAUAUUUUUUUUUUCAUUGGAUAAUUUAUGGAUUCAUUUUAUUAAAUUUUCAUACGGUAUAUCUUUUAACUAAUUGUUGUUUGGUUUUAUAACAGCUAAUACUUUUUUAGGUGUAAACUUUUAUCUUGUCAAUAGUUGGCAACACUUCAUAUAAUGCACCAAUAUCAUUGUAUCUGCAAUGUGCAUUUGUACGGAAAGUAACGUAAUUCAGCAUUUUGUUAGGAUAUGUUUACGUAGGCAGGCUUGGAAGUAAAUUUAAAUUUUAAGUAUAAUUUAGUAUUACAAAGAACGCAUAGACUUAGUAUAGAAAAUGAGUUAAAUAUUCUGGAAAAAUGAAAAUAAAUUUCUGGAAAACCUGGAAAUACCCAGGAAUUUUAUUCUAGGGUUGGAGUAGUCACCCUGUUUUAAAGCAACUUUCAAUUAAUAUUUUCAAAAUGUUAUGCAUUUAAAAUGUUCACCAACAUUUAAAUUAUUUUAAUGCGUCAACAGAAAUGCUAAACGUGUAAAAGUAUAGUAGUAAUCUUCCGAAUCCUGGAUGACUGUAUUAGAAAGUUUAACUCCAUCUGAUGCGCGCUCUUAACGUAGUAUUCUUUAAAAUAAAGCAUAGCGCGAUAAAUACACGAAAAUGGUGUUUUAAAACUACAUUUCCGGACGCCAAUCACACGUAGUUUCCGCACACGCCGUUUGAAUCGCUGCGGGGGCAGCCACGUCAACUAUUUACUCAUUCGAUGAGCAGAGCUAAAGGUUUAACUAUAUAAUGAAAAGGCUCCGAUAAAUGCGCAAAAGACUUGAAAAAAUAAAUACUAAACCCCGCCUGAAAAAAUAAAUACUAAACCCCGGCUCUGGACGUGAUUUUAGACAGUGAAUUUUAUCAAAAUACUGCUCAUUUUGUUAAAAAUUCAGUUAACAGUUAAUACUAUAAAAUUUCCCUUUUCCUCAAUGAACUUUGUUUAGCGCUAUCUUAUCCAUAGCAAAAAAAAUAAUAAUAAUUCAGAGAACGUAUUUCCGUUGUGCGUGAUUUUGCCGUGCCGUGCGCGUGAGUAAGUCAUCCGGGAGUAUCAUGUUCUGACGGACCGUGAAUCUUACCUUCCCCUCCGCUUUGUUUAGUUCGAAUUUCUUUCUCUCGGCCGCGGUGGCCGAGGCGUGGUGUUUCAUGCUUCGGAUGCAGAUAGCAGCGCAGCGACGCGACGGGGCCUGAUGGCGCUGGUCAUUUUUACAAAGCGCGUGCUCUGGUUGAGCCUUCAGUCGCCAACUGGGUGGCGUCCGUGGUGUAGCCCCUGCAUCGCCGGUUUGAAAGUACUUUGGUUUGAAAAAAAAGGGGGGGGGGGGAUCAGUUUAUUUGGUGGAGCGUUUAUAUAAACCUUUAUUUCCAAAAUAAAAGAAAAAAACCUGCAGUGUGUGUUUCCAAGUGCAUCGUUUAUCUGCUACGAGGACGAGGUCUCUCAAUGCCCCCAGCCCGGUGCAGCAGUUCGGGCCGUGUGGGCGGAUCAUGAAGAACUCAGCCAUGGUCAUGACCAUCCAGGACCCGGCCAGCCAGCGACUCACCUGGUACAAGCCGCCGCUCACAGUUCUCGUGAUCAAGAAGGUGCGCGACGUGUCCGUGCUGCAGCCCUUCACGGAGCUCGUCAAGUGGCUCAUCGAGGAGAAGAACAUGGUUGUGUUCGUGGAGCAGUCCGUGAUGGACGACCCCCUGCUGCUUGCCAACUCCGGCUUCACCGUCGUCAAGGACAGGCUGAUGACGUUCCGCGACGGGAAGGACGAUCUGACGGACAAGAUAGACUUCAUCAUCUGCCUGGGGGGCGACGGCACCUUGCUGUACGCCAGCCUCCUGUUCCAGCAAUCCGUGCCACCAGUGAUGGCGUUCCAUCUUGGCUCCUUGGGCUUCCUCACACCCUUCGAAUUUGACAACUUCCAGGAACAAGUCACAAACGUGCUUGAAGGUCACGCGGCCCUGACGCUGCGCAGCCGGCUGAGGUGCAUCAUCAUGCGCAAGAACGAGGAGACGGGCCGCUCCACCAAGGCGCCCACCAACCUGCUGGUGCUGAACGAGGUGGUGAUCGACCGUGGGCCGUCGCCCUACCUCUCCAACAUCGACCUGUUCCUCGACGGGAAACACAUCACCUCCGUGCAGGGCGACGGCUUGAUAGUGUCGACGCCGACUGGCAGCACGGCCUACGCCGUGGCGGCGGGAGCGUCCAUGAUCCACCCCAGCGUUCCUGCCAUCAUGGUCACCCCCAUCUGCCCCCACUCGCUGUCCUUCAGACCCAUCGUGGUGCCCGCUGGCGUCGAGCUCAAGAUCUCCGUGUCCCCGGAGAGCCGGAACACCGCUUGGGUUUCGUUUGACGGCAGGAACCGGCAAGAGCUGUUGCACGGCGAUAGCCUGCGGGUGACCACCUCCAUCUACCCCGUGCCGUCGAUCUGCGCCCAGGACCAGAUCUCCGACUGGUUCGACUCGCUGGCCGAGUGCCUGCACUGGAACGUGCGCAAGCGCCAGAAGCAUCUGGACGAGCUGAGCGACCUCACGCACUCCAGCUCCAACGACACGCUCGACUCGCUCGACCACGCCUACCAGCUCGACAGCUAGAGGCAAUCCCGGCGGAGCGAACAUGUUCCUGAACAUUCGCAACGAGGUUUUGAGGGAAAUCUUGUGGUGUAGGGAGGUCCCGGUAUUUUAAGGCCCGCUCGCACGGUCGUGACUUAUAGAGUAAGAUUCCGUUAAAUUAAUUUGCAAAGCGUAUGCUCAAAAUGUCCUUGCCAAACCAUGCAAGCUGCUGAAACCCUUGGGGAAAAAAAAUUUGGUAACUCACGUUUGCAUCUCCAGUUGUUGUUGCAAUGAGAUUGUUACAGAAACUUUGUGCUUCGAUUACAGUAAAAAUCUAAUUUUUUUGCAUUAAAAAAAAAUCAAUCUUAAUGAUGUGGCCAGUGGGGCACUAACUUAACAUUGCAGGUUUCAGCUCAUUCCAUAGAGCUUUGAGAAAUUUUAAUUGAACAAAAUAUUUUAUGGCUAGCAAGGGAAAUUUCAGGAUCAUUUGGUUGGGUUGUCAAGAUGCAACUCUGAGCAGAUUUGCGGGCAAUAUCCGUUGCAUGUUACUAUGCUUACAUUUUUCCCCCCUUUUCUUUAUCUUGAUCAUUGUCAGUUUCACAUAUUGUCAAUUUUACGUACAUAUAUUGCCAAUUACCAGCUGUAUUUACAAUUUCAAAGUUACUCAUAGUACUGUAAUUUUAAGUGUGGAAAUGAAGCAGCUUACCUUUGCAGUGUUGGCGAAGGUUGUACUCUUUCGUCUGCUGUGGUUGGGCCAUGGUACUUAAUCAUAGUAAAGUGGCUAACAAAGCUUUUUUUUUUCUUGUCUCAUGUACAAAGCUUGGUUGAAUGUAGCGUAGCACAUAUGUGGGAGGGUAAUGAGUAGGUUCUGUUGUUUCAACUUGAAUGUGGUGUAUGCUGUUAGCUUAGAUCAUUUUAAUUGAAAUAAGCAACUCAAGUUGUUUGUGAUUAUUUAUUUUUUCAUGAUGUAUUUUUUUUAAAUAUUUGUUUUGUGUAAAUGUGUACAUACACUGAGUGUUUGAUGAAUUUUGUAUAAAUUUGACAGUUUACUUUUUAUAAAAAGAUUUUUAAAAAUUAUAUCAAAUAUUUA